GGCCGGCCUCCAUCCUGGAGCCCUUCUAGUAACGGCGCUCACCAUUGGCCAGAUAUAUCACCGACUGACCAAUGGGAGACUCUGCUGUUCCAGUCCCGCCCCUGAGCUCUGUCAUGGCGACGUCCAGUGCUCCAGCUGGUGUGAGGAACACGAUAUGCUGGGGUUUUUGUCCGCACGACAAACGGGUUUGGAGGACCCUCUUCGCCUUCGGAGAGCAGAGUCAACACGGAGAGUUUUGGGACUGGAAUUAAAUAAAGACAGAGAUGUUGAAAGAAUCCACGGCGGUGGGAUUAACACCCUUGACAUUGAACCUGUUGAAGGGAGAUACAUGUUAUCAGGUGGUUCAGAUGGUGUGAUUGUACUUUAUGACCUUGAGAACUCCAGCAGACAAUCUUAUUACACAUGUAAAGCAGUGUGUUCCAUUGGCAGAGAUCAUCCUGAUGUUCACAGAUACAGUGUGGAGACUGUACAGUGGUAUCCUCAUGACACUGGCAUGUUCACGUCAAGCUCAUUUGAUAAAACUCUGAAAGUAUGGGAUACAAAUACAUUACAAACUGCAGAUGUAUUUAAUUUUGAGGAAACAGUUUAUAGUCAUCAUAUGUCUCCAGUCUCCACCAAGCACUGUUUGGUAGCAGUUGGUACUAGAGGACCCAAAGUACAACUUUGUGACUUGAAGUCUGGAUCCUGUUCUCACAUUCUACAGGGUCACAGACAAGAAAUAUUAGCAGUUUCCUGGUCGCCACGUUAUGACUAUAUCUUGGCAACAGCAAGUGCUGACAGUAGAGUAAAAUUAUGGGAUGUGAGAAGAGCAUCAGGGUGUUUGAUUACUCUUGAUCAACAUAAUGGGAAAAAGUCACAAGCUGUUGAAUCAGCAAACACUGCUCAUAAUGGGAAAGUUAAUGGCUUAUGUUUUACAAGUGAUGGGCUUCACCUCCUCACUCUUGGUACGGAUGAUCGAAUGAGGCUCUGGAAUAGUUCCAAUGGAGAAAACACACUUGUGAACUAUGGAAAAGUUUGUAAUAACAGUAAAAAAGGAUUGAAAUUCACUGUCUCCUGUGGCUGCAGUUCAGAAUUUGUUUUUGUACCAUAUGGUAGCACCAUUGCUGUUUAUACAGUUUACUCAGGAGAACAGAUAACUAUGCUUAAGGGACAUUAUAAAACUGUUGACUGCUGUGUAUUUCAGUCAAAUUUCCAGGAACUUUAUAGUGGUAGCAGAGACUGCAACAUUCUGGCUUGGGUUCCAUCCUUAUAUGAACCAGUUCCUGAUGAUGAUGAGACUACAACAAAAUCACAAUUAAAUCUGGCCUUUGAAGAUGCCUGGAGCAGCAGUGAAGAAGAAGGAUGAAUAUCACCUUUAGCACCUUUGUGUCUCUGCUGAAACUUUUUAAAUGAGACUGUAUGUUUUUUUCAACUGUACGGUCUAUUCCUGACAGCUAAAUUAGCCCUAAAUGUGGGUAAUUUUUUUCCUCAUGUUUUAAAAUGAGGUUAAUAUUUGCAUAAAAUCCUAAAACAGACUUCUGUAUAGUUUAUUUAGUCAAAAUGUCUUCCUUGAGCCUAGAUGUUGUGGCCUGGGAAAGCCCUCAUUGCAACAGUACAAGUACACAAGUCAUUGUACCUCAACUGUGACCUUCAGCAGAUUUUAUGAACUAUAAGAUGCAGUCUCAGGGGAUCAGCAAGUGGAGGCCAUCAGUAUUGACUUUCUUUUACUUGCUGUACUAUCAGCCUGCUCGUUUCCACCUUCAAGAAUGAUUUUGCCAAGAAUGAUUAUAUCAAAAAUAGUAGUUGAAAUGGUAACAUCAAAAUUAUUUUAUUCUUUCUCCUUCAUGUAUUUACAUUUUUCAGUGGUUUCAUUUAAUUAACCAUGCUUUAUGUUAAACAUUUUGGGGCUCAGUGUCUCCUACUAUCCAAAAUGUGCAUCACAGGAGACUUUUAACUUUGUGAAAAUCCCAUGUUUGCUUUAUUUUACUUUAAUGUCAGAAGGCAGUUUGCACUAAUGCUUGAACUCUUUUUCUAUGAAACUCAUUAAGGUAUGACCAAAUCCUGCCUCAUUAAUUCAAGCAGAAAAUAUCCUGGCAGGGAAUCUGGCUUAAACAUGAAAUGCUGUAAUAAAAUUUCUAUGUUAUUGUCUC